AUGGACACCGUUCCCGCCAAUCCUAGUACUCGUAUGCAACAGCUGGGGGGGGAGAAGCUGCAGGUUGGCUUUUGUUUGGACUUUUUCUUUUCUUUUCAGGGCCAAGGACAAUCUGGAUACGAAGCCGGGACGGUAGAUCUGUUGAUAAAUAGUCAGAGAAUCGACAAUCAGGCCGUAUCAAAUGGGCCUCUUGCUCAGUCUGCUUGUCCCUCUCAGCUCCACCGCCCUCCCCCCGCCCAGACGCUAGCUGUGGUCGAUAUCUAUAUAGCGGCCUGCGAUGAGUUGUGCUCGCCGAGUUCGCCGCCCUCCCGCAGCGCCGGGCGUAGCACCAAUCGUCCUGCUGGCCGGCUUCCCCGGCAUACUUGGUUUGUCGGUUUCCUGCGGGAUCAGCUCUUAGGUUUAACCUUCAGUGCCCUGGUUGUCCUUGAUUUCAAGCUCCACCGGCCUGAUAUGGCCCAAGGGCAGCUAUGGGCUACCUUGAUGACUGUCAUUGAUCCUCUCAAUACAAAAGCCAUGCCCAUUGUCUUACAAUCUACUAUCCAUCUGUUGGAAACGGAACUUGCGAAUGCCAGAGCUGCGCUCCAGGAGAUACAGGGCCACCGGGCAACGGCGACAUCAACUUCAAUCUCCUCCUCUCCCACUUCUGCCUCCUGCUGUUGUACCGCAAUGCACGAAACCAUCGCCACUGGCGCCAUGGCUGCGUACAAACACCAUCUGGUCGGCCGCGUCUCCCAGAUUACCAGCUCUUCACUUCUUCUCUCUCACACCCCAGCGUCCAUUUCGCUACUGGACCUCCUAUCCAAUUCCCUUAUUCUUGACCACAUCGCGCCCUAUCUUUCGAUCUCCUCUCUACUCUCGCUAGCUUCAACAUGCACCGCUUUCCAUUCCAUCAUAAUGGAUACUCCAUACGUCUUUCGGCAUAUGGAUCUGACAACAUGCCGCGCCGCUCAGCCACCACCGUUAAUGGGUCCCAUAGAUGCAGGCGGUGAGGAUGUCAGAACUCUCAUUCUAGAUGGUCUCUCCGUCCCCGCAGACCUCAUCGCCGAUAUUAUCCUAACGGACAGGUUUAACGUCGUUCUACUGUCAAUUAGGGACUGUCUCAAUCUAAACGAGCGUAAGUUGAUGCAGACCUUGCAGUAUGCCGUCCGGCCUUCCCGGCCGAAGGGUAUGCCGAGAGUGAAGGGGAUCUAUCAUUUUACAGCCAAGGAUGAUUCGCAGAAUGUCUUAUACAGCAGACAGCAAACGCACCACUCUUCCACAGUCGCUAGAAGGGACAGACUGGACAAUCAACCUUGCAAUUCCGCUGAUGCAGACAAUCACCAUGAUCAGCUGACAUGGAGACAUCCGUGGUACAGAGGAUCCGGCAAAGUGCUUAGAAAAGCCAUGCCCAACGGAUGGGCAGAGACACUGCAGCUUUGUAACGGCAUCAUCUCGUUUGAUGCGGUGUUAUGCCGCAGCCCAGCCCAUCAACCAUUUGUCUCUGUGGAAGGGAACGACACGCAGCCGCCCAGGUAUCUAUUACCAGCAAUCGCCACAGUUGCUCUCGGCCCCAGGGGUUGCGAGGGCUGUCGCACUUCACCUGAAGGUCCGGCACUGUGGAGUCACUCACCCGAGUAUCAAUUCCCACUCCUGACCCCUCCCCCGCUCCACUCCUCCCGAAUCAUCGCCGCCAAGUCCCCCGUCUUCUCUGCCAAUGAUCAGCCCGCUCUGAUGAUGCAGUGCCAAGAAUGCCUGAUCAACCGCUGGUGCAACCGUUGUGGUAGCUGGUGGUGUUCAGCCUGCCUCCCUCACCCAGAAAAGCCGAGGCAUCACCCCAAGUUACAUCAGACCGCGCUCCAGUCUUCACCUUCAUCCUCCUCCUCGUCCGGAUCUGGAGAGGGGGAAGGAGGCUCCUCACACCCAAAGCAGGUGUCAGCAGAGAUUGUUGGGAGUGCGGAGCUACUUGCGGCUCCUGCAAAGCAGAAGUCCAGCGAACCUGUACUACCUGCCAGGGUGAGUAUUGCGUUGAGCACAAUGAUGGAUGCACCGAUACAAAGGCUAUCGGGACAGCACAUCCAGGAACGGUAA